CAUGCCCAGAGUCAGAGGGCCGCGCGAAUUGCUAAGCGGAUGGGGAGUCGGCGAGCUGCUGACAGCACCGUCCGGGAAAUGCCGGGACUGUUCCAGGGACUCAGGGUGCUUGGGACCGCGCGGGGUGGAGGUGACCUUGGUUCAGAAACUCGGAGAUGACAGCCUGAGCCUGGGUUCCAGGCAUGGAGUUCCUGACAGCCCCCCAGCCCCCCUCAGGGCCUCCAGCCAUGGACUUGGAGGCUCUUGAGCCGGCUGAGGACCCCACCCCUGACAGCCCAUGGGACCCACUGCCUGGAGGCCCCGGCAGCCUGAGUGAGAUGGAACUCGACAGAUCAAGUGUCCAGGACUUGGUGCGGCAGUUCGAGGCCCUGCCGGGUGACCUGGCAAGCCUGCCUCCAGAUAGCGCCCCCUGCCCGCUGCAUAUCGCUACAGGUCAGGGCCUGGCGCCCCAGGAAGUGGCCGCGGCCCCCGGGCUGCUGUCUGCUGAGGCUGGUCGGGACGACCUGCUGAGCCUGCUUCGGUGUGAGGAGUGCCUCCCGCCUGAGCCCUGUCCCCACCGGCCCCUGGAGCCAGCGCCUCGCCUGCUGCAGCCCCCAGAGGGCCCCGGUGUGGAGCCUGCAAGCCCUCACUGGGCGGAGCAAGACUCUGCUGAGCAGGGGGACAGUAGCAGCUCGAGCAGCUCCCCUGAGCCGUGGCCAGAGGUGGCCCCUCUGGUGACACCUGAAAAGCCACCGCCGGCUGGUGCCCAGAGCCCCGAGACCCUGGCUUCGUGCCCCGCCCACCAGGAAGUCCCUGGGCCUUGUGACCACGAGGACCUUCUAGACGGCGUCAUAUUUGGGGCCAAGUACUUGGGCUCCACCCAGCUGCUGUCCGAGCGAAACCCGCCCCUCAGCAUGCGCAUGGCUCAGGCCCAAGAGGCCAUGGACCGCGUCAAGGCCCCUGAUGGGGAGACACAGCCCAUGACGGAAGUGGAUCUCUUCGUGUCCACCAGAAGGAUCAAGGUGCUGAUGGCAGACUCCCAGGAGGCCAUGAUGGACCAUGCCCUGCAGACCAUCUCCUACAUUGCUGAUAUCGGCCCUGUGCUGGUGCUCAUGGCCCGGCGGCGGCUGGCCCGGAAGCCCAGAGCCCAGGACCACCACCGCUCCCUGUACAAGAUGUUGUGCCACGUCUUCCACUCAGAGGAUGCCCAACUCAUUGCUCAGGCCAUUGGCCAGGCCUUCGCGGUGGCCUACAGCCAGUUCCUGCGUGACAGCGGCAUCGACCCGAGCCAGGUGGGCACGCGGCCCGGCCAGGGGGCUGCCAGCGCCGGCCACCUGCACAACUGCGACCUGGCUCACUUCUCCAACCGCGAGAACUGCAGGGGGAGCGCUCGGGCGCGCUCAGCAUCGGGGACCGCGUGACGGCCGUGAACGGGGCCAGCCUGGUGGGGCUGCCGCUGGCCGCGUGCCAGGCUGCCGUGCGCGAGGUGAAGCCACAGACGUCGGUGACACUCAGCAUCGUACACUGCCCGCCGGUCACCACGGCCAUCAUCCGCCGACUACACUCGCGGGAGCAGCUGGGAUUUUGCGUGGAAGAUGGCAUCAUCUGCAAUCUUCUCCGGGGCGGCAUCGCUGAGCGCGGGGGCGUCCGCGUGGGCCACCGAAUCAUCGAGAUCAACGGGCAGAGCGUGGUGGCCACGCCGCACAACCGCAUCAUCGAGCUGCUCACCGAGGCCCACGACGAGGUGCACAUCAAGACCAUGCCGGCCGCCACUUACCGCCUGCUCACCGGCCAGGAGCAGCCCGUGUACCUGUGAGGCCCCCCGCCGCCGCGCCUUAGCCCUGCCGCCCCUGCCCCGCCUGCUCUCUGGUGUGAGAUAUUAAAAGCUUAUUCAGUGA